AUGAGACGCUUCUCGGUGCUUCUGCCGUAUCUUUUGAUUGUUCUGCUCGUCUCCGUGCACUCCCGAAGCCUCGUCACCAGCAAAAACAAGGAAAAAAGCUGCAAGGUUGGAAUCUCCCUUUCCCGUUCUAGAAACUAUGAAACCGAAAAACACGAGAGAAAUAUAUAUUUGGUAUACAGAAACACUAGUUGAAGGCGUACAAGAGGGCAGCUCUGCACGAAGUUCUCGACCGCAUCUGCCACCUGUGCCACGAGAUGUUCUCCACCAAAAGACCCAACAUGAGAGCCGACUGCCGUUCCAACUGCUUCCGCAACGGCCAUUUCAGAGCAUGCAUCGCGCUGUUCCGGCCUUCCCUCGACUCCCUGUUCGGCUCCUUACAAUGA